UCUGACAGCUGACAGGUGGCAACACCAUCAAAACAAAACCACGAUUGCGGACCGCUGCAAACGCGCACUUCCAUCGCGAGAGAGCGUAAAUAAACACGCAAAAUGUUACAAAUCACUUCACUCCUUCGUGUGGUUAGCAUUAAAACACUAGCAACUAAUGGUAGUUCCUUCGUUCGUGCCUCCACAACUUGUGUUCCACAAAAUCGGACCAUCCACACAGCGCUACAAAGCAUUCGGUACGAUACAUCGGCACCACCACCAGCACCACCUAUCCUCGCUACACCAGCAUCCGUUCGACACUAUGCCAAGGGUAAGGAUAAAAAGAAAGACAAAAAGGGUGCCCCGGCAAAGGUGCAAAUCAACGAAGAGCAGCUAGGCAACCUCAUCGACCUGGAAGGCCUGCGGACACAGAUGGAAAAGAGUCUGGCCGCUAUGAAGGAUGAUUACGUGAAGAAUCUUUCACUUCGCUCUACUACCGGCUCCAUCGAAACACUACGCAUCACGUACGAGGGUAAAGACUAUCAGCUGCAGGAGCUGGGCCAGGUGGUGCGUAAAAACCCCAAAACACUCGUCGUCAAUCUGGUCUCGUUUCCGCAAACCAUCCCGGUCGUGCUGCAAGCCAUCCAGCGCAGUGGAAUGAACCUGAACCCGCAGCAGGACGGCACGACACUGUUCAUACCGGUGCCAAAAGUGACGCGCGAACAUCGCGAAGGGCUGGCAAAGAAUGCCAAGGUGCUGUUCAUCAAGUGUCGCGAUCGCAUCAAGGACGCCCAGAACCAAUCGAUCAAGAAGCUCAAAAAGCAGUCCAACGUUUCCGAGGAUGAGGCGUUUCAGGCGCAGACACAAAUUACUGCCAUUGCCGACGGGUUCGUUAAGGAGGCGGAGAAAAUAAUGGAGCUCAAACAGUCGGAGUUGCUGGGAGACAAAUAAUGAUGCUUACGUUGUGCUGCCACACGCACACACACACACAGCAAUAGUGAUGCCCAGAUUGAAUAAAGUAAAUGAUAGCAUUCAAACACCGAGCAA